AUGGAGCGUUUGGCUAGGUCAGCUCGAGUGUGGCGUUGGCGUUUGCACUCCACUUUUCAAACCCUAACUUCUCGCUCCUCACCUCAUUCUACACAUCCCAAAUUUGCGUCUUCUCGGUUUGCCUCUUCUACAGUGUUCGAUGUUUCGAGUUCCAGAGUCUCGCGCGUGGAUUAUUCCUUGCUUCCGGUUUUCUUAGCUAGUGUUUUCGGAACUGGAUUGGUGGAAGUGGCUUAUGCGGAUAAUGAUGUUGUGGAUGUCCAAGAAAUAGCCAAGAGGGAACGCCAGCGAAUUGAGCAGUUGAUUAGAAGUAGAGGAAUUCGAUAUGGUUCUUAUCCUUUCUUCUCUGUCGCCGUUAAGGGUGAAAAGGUCAGUAUUAAGUUUCAAAUUCCUGAUGGUUGUGAUAUUUCACAACUUAUUGCAAAUCUUACUGCACAUCUUGGAAUGAAAUCUGAAGGCCAUGGAGGUGGUUCAGACAUGUUAUUACGAGCUUGGGACAGCACAUUUGCUUGGCAACUUACCCUUACUCAUCCAUCAGAACAAAAGCAUAUUCCAGCGAAUGAUAUGUCUUCAAAAGAUAUAAAUGCAGAUGAUAGGGAUCUAUGUAUACUCAUAUUUCGUUCUCUCGUUGGCUUAGAUAAAGCUGAGAUUGAAUUCAUUAAGAGAGGGGAAUUGUGUCCUGAAGAGCUUGAUGCUUUCAUUUCUGUUUUACAAUUAGCUGGUGAUAAGUUGGGACAAAGAAGCACCCUGGAAAGAAAACCAAAGGAAGAGACUGAAAAUGUGCCAUCUGUUAAUAAAUCUAUUUCUGAUCUUGAGCGUAUGGGAGUGAGAAUUUAUGGACUUGAUGAACCUAUAGUUAUACCAAAAGAUGGUGAGAUAUCAUGGGACAGCAUUGCUGGUUAUGAACAUCAAAAACGAGUAAUAGAAGAUACAAUACUAUUGGCUUUGCAUAGUCCUGAAGUAUAUGAUGAUAUUGCUAGAGAGACUCGCCAUAAGUUUGAGUCAAACAGACCUCGAGCUGUGCUAUUUGAAGGUCCACCUGGUACUGGGAAAACAUCCUGUGCUCGUGUCAUUGCCAAUCAAGCGGGUGUGCCUUUGCUAUAUGUUCCACUCGAGGCAAUAAUGUCUGAGUUCUACGGUAAAAGUGAACGUCUUCUAGGGAAAGUGUUUUCGCUUGCAAACAAUCUUCCGAAUGGUGCUAUUAUAUUUCUGGAUGAGAUUGAUUCUUUUGCUGCUGCGCGUGACAGUGAAAUGCAUGAAGCUACGCGAAGAAUAUUGUCGGUCUUGUUGAGACAGUUUGCCGGAUCUGAAAUAGAUGGCUUUGAGCAGGAUAAGAAAGUGGUAGUCAUUGCUGCCACAAAUAGAAAGGAAGACCUUGAUCCCGCAUUAAUCAGUCGGUUUGAUAGUAUCAUCGCCUUUGGCUUACCUGAUCAUCGGAAUCGUCAGGAAAUAGCAUCUAAAUAUGCUAAGCACCUGUCCAAAGCCGAACUGGAUGAACUUGCAAGAGUUACAGAAGAUAUGUCUGGAAGAGAUAUUAGAGAUGUUUGUCAGCAAGCAGAACGAUCGUGGGCGUCGAAGAUUAUUCGAGGGCUAGUUCCUAAAGAGGGGGAAAAAGCGAAGCUUCCAGCUUUGCAAGAAUAUAUACAAUGCGCCAGGAGCCGACAAGAGGCGCUGCGUAGUGCCGCCGCAAACAGCACGAAGUUCCGAAGCUAUUCCCGCCCCAAGAUACUAAGCGACUGA